AGAGAUACCUACAUUUUUUUUUAUCUUACCUGAAUUAUCAUACUAUAUUUUGUUUUUUUUACUGAUCCUGCCUUUGCUCUUUCGCUUUUUUACUCUCUGCGACUGACCCAAUUACACCCUAUCUCUUUGUUACCAAUCCUAAAUUCCAGAUUCCCAUAUUUCUCCUCGAAUCCCCCCUGUUCCAACCGAUCAAUCUCUCUUUUUUUAUCUCCCCUUCUAAACCCUAGAAUCUAAGUGUAAUCAUUCGCUAAUUUUGAUGAUGAUUUUUUCGGAGAGUUUUUCAGAUUGGGAGGGCAAUUCUCGAUUGACAUGAAGCGAGUGUUGGAGUCUCCGCCCGAACCGGGCGAUUCACUCGGUGGUGGGACUCGGGCCAAGACUACCCAGGCGAGUUCUUCUUAUAUCCAAGUUUCUGACACUACUAAUAACGUCUUUAAGAGAUUCAAAGGUUCUGUGGUGAAUGGUUUAAUUGUUUAUACCCGUGAAAGAAAGUCUCGGUUUAAUUGGUCCACUGGACUUUCCGAGAACGGCCAUAAUAAGCAACUGUGCAGCUCGGAUGAGACCGCAAUUAAUGUAAACGCUUCGCUUGAGGAGGGAUGCAAUGGAAAAAUUGUCCAAAUUGUACUUGGUGACGAACCCACUUGUAAAGGGAGAGAGCUGGUACUAUCUCAAGCCAAGGAAACAGGUGCCGAGGGGAUUACUGUCGCGAUUGCUGCCGAGAGUAGCGAGGGAAAGAAUGAUUUGCCUGAAGAAGAAGUUAGUCUGUUCACGUCAUCGUUGGUAAGACCGAAGGUCAAGCCAGAGCCGCCGGAGAGUUUAGUAAAUGCAUCAGAUGCUGCUCAGAAUGAGGAAAAUUUAUAUUUAGAUAGGUGGGCAACUGGUGGAGCAAGUUCGACGUUAGAGAAUAAGUUGGAAUUAAAGACGUCGAAGAAGAUUGGGCUGAAUAAGAAGCCCAUGACUGUCAGGGAGCUGUUUGAGACUGGUUUGCUCGAUGGGGUGACUGUAGUUUACGUGGGUUGCAAUAAGUUUCAAGGAUCUGGUCUUCGCGGCACAAUUAGAGAUGGGGGAAUUUUGUGCUCGUGUACUUCCUGCAAUGGAUGCAGAGUUAUUCCUCCUUCCAAGUUUGAGAUUCAUGCUAGUAAAACAUACAAACGGGCGGCACAAUAUAUUUGCCUUGAAAAUGGGAAGAGCCUGCUUGACCUGUUGAGGGCGUGCAGGGCCUCUUCCCUGAAUACGUUGGAGUCAACAAUUCAGAACAUCAUUGGUUCCCCACCCGAAGAAAAAUAUUUUACCUGUAAAAGAUGCAAAGGUUGCUUUCCCAAGUCUUGUGUGGCAAGAAUAGGGCUCCUAUGCAAUUCAUGUGUUGACUCACAGGAAUCUCAUGGUACCCCAAAUAGUGAGGAUGUUAAAAUACUCGGGACAUCAACAUCAUUAUUGAUCUCAAAGUCCACUAGAAAUGCUUCAACUUAUGUUUCUCCACAACGUGAGGGUCAAUGGAAAGCUUCAGACUCCGUUUCUCAACAAAGUAAAAGUCAAUGGAAGUUGAAAAAAAAGUCGCCAAAACGAGUUCCCUUCUCAAAGAACUCCAAAAGUGCUUCUGCACGUUUUCCAGCACAAAAUAAUAGACCUUGGAAAAUAACAACAAAACCAUCAAAAUCAAUUUUGAUCUCGAGGUCCUCCAAAAGUGCUUCAUUGUCUAUUCCUUUGCAAAAUAAGACUAAAUGGAAAAUAACAACAAAAGAUCAACGGUUGCAUAAGUUGGUUUUUGAGGAAGGCGGAUUGCCUGAUGGAAGUGAAGUGGCAUAUUAUGCACGUGGUCAGAAAUUGCUUGAGGGCUAUAAAAUGGGCUUUGGUAUAUUGUGUCGUUGCUGCAAUAGCGAGGUCAGUGCCUCACAGUUUGAAGCUCAUGCUGGCUGGGCAUCUCGAAGGAAACCUUAUGCAUACAUUUACACAUCCAAUGGGGUAUCUCUCCAUGAAUUGGCGAUAUCUCUCUCAAAAGGCCGCAAGUAUUCUGCCAAGGAUAAUGAUAACCUCUGCAUCAUUUGUGCAGAUGGGGGAAAUCUUUUGCUUUGUGAUGGAUGCCCGAGGGCCUUCCACAAAGAAUGUGCAUCUUUAAGUAGUAUUCCUCGUGGUGAUUGGUACUGUACAUAUUGCCAGAAUAUGUUCCAACGAGAAAAAUUUGUGGAGCAUAAUGAAAAUGCCGUUGCAGCUGGAAGGGUUUCUGGAGUUGAUCCAAUAGAACAGAUUACUAAGAGAUGCAUCCGUAUUGUUAAAAACAUAGAAGCUGACCUUAGUGGAUGUGUGUUAUGCAGAGGUUAUGAUUUUAGCAAAUCAGGGUUUGGGCCCAGGACAAUUUUACUUUGUGAUCAGUGUGAGAUGGAAUUUCAUGUCGGCUGUUUGAGGGAUCACAAAAUGGCAUAUCUGAAGGAAUUGCCAGAAGGGGAGUGGUUCUGUAGCGUUGAUUGCACCAGGAUAAAUUCUACUUUGCAGAAGUUACUAGUAAGAGGAGCUGAGAAGCUCCCGGACUCUCUUUUGGAUGUUAUAAAGAGGAAGCAAGAGGAACAAGGUUUAGACUCCAUUAAUGACAUGGAUGUUAGAUGGAGGCUUCUUAGUGGCAAAAUUGCAUCUCCUGAAACUAGGUUUUAUCUUUCAGAGGCUGUUGCCAUUUUCCAUGAUUGCUUUGCCCCUAUAAUAGAUUCAAUUAGUGGACAGGACCUUAUUCCAGCUAUGGUUUAUGGAAGGAACAUAAGGGGCCAAGAAUUUGGGGGAAUGUACUGUGCAAUAUUGAUGGUCAACUCAUUCGUUGUAUCAGCUGGAAUUCUUCGAGUUUUUGGUCGAGAAGUUGCAGAACUCCCUUUAGUUGCAACAAGUAAAGGUAACCAUGGAAAGGGCUACUUCCAAAUCUUGUUUUCCUGCAUUGAGAAGCUGCUGUCUUUCUUGAAUGUGAAGAGCCUUGUCCUCCCUGCCGCGGAAGAAGCAGAAUCCAUAUGGACGGAUAAAUUUGGUUUUGAGAGGUUGAAACCUGACCAGCUUAGCAAAUACCGCAGCUGCUGCUGUCAGAUGGUGACCUUCAAAGGAACAUCCAUGCUUCAGAAAAUGGUUCGUCAAUGUCGAGUCAUUGACAGUUGAGUGAAGAUGCAUUUUUUUUUUUUUACCCUAGCUGUUGGUUUUUGUAUGUCUUCGGCUUGUGCUGCUCAAUGAAGUUACUUUUCAAAGAAUUAAUAUUCUGCCCCCCCUUUUGAUAUUAGAUAAAGAAUUUUUAAAGUAAUUUUAGCAUAGAAACUGGUGCAAACAGAGUUUGUGCUGAGAAAAAAAUGGAAGUGAGGAAAGAAAAUGUUGCCCAACACGAGGGAAGGGCUAACUA